CUUUCACAGAAAGAGCAUGACUGGUUCUGAACUGCUUACCCUAAACUUUCUUCUGCUUGGAAGAACCCAAAGUGGAAAAAGUGCCAUGGCAAACUGCCUGCUAGGCAGCUAUGAACUAGAAAGUAAGCUUUCUGCUAGUAGUGUCACUCAGGAGUGCAAACUUCAAACAGCCUGCCUGUCAAACUUCUGUCGUAGGAAUGGGAGUCAGCUGAACCUGCGUAUCAAUGUAAUGGAUACUCCAGGGUGUCCACACCCCACAAUUACCAAGGAACGUUUGAAGCAAACUGUUAACACAGCACUUCAGCAGCAUUUUCAUCAUGGUCUUCAUAUGGCACUGCUUGUGAUGAGAGGAGAUGUUCCAUUCUGUGAAGAGGACUGCCAGGUCAUUCAGUUUAUAAAGGAUUUACUUGGUCCAGAAUGGAAUUAUCAUACAACAGUCAUCUUCAGCCAUGAAGACAGAAUAACAGAUGCUGGUUUUAAGAAUGGGCAGGAUUAUCUAAGAACUGCACCUGAUACAUUGCUAGAGCUGCUCGAUUCCAUACAAAACAAGUUUCACUUUGUAAACUACCGCGCAGAUUUCCUCAAGGAGGAGCAACUGCAAAUCUUAAACAAGCUCUUCUACUUUAUAAUCCAUAAUGGUUACAAGUCACUGGAGUUCAAGUAAAUUUGUAUGGACAAGGAAAAAAUCUUCAUCACACAUCAGAGAUUAUAUUUGUAAAUAGCCAAAGGAGAAACAACAGUUUUCUUACCUGUAAGACUAGUUUUAAGAAUGGCAGAUAGUAAAGUAAUUUCCUUAAGCAAAAUAGUAAUAGAUACUGAAGAGACUCCAAAAAACAUUAAUCAGAGAAAUUUGUAUUAUUAUCUUAUUUUAGUAAAUUAAAAUAUUGCCUGGAAAGUGGAGUAAUCAAAUCACUCUUGAACACAAGGCCUAUACUGUGCAAGCAGAUCGUGAGAGAACCUAAGACAACUGCAGGAACUUUCCCCUAUACAGAUGUAAAGGAACAUGUAUACUCAAAGAUGAGGAAAAAGGCUAAGAAGCCAUGGCAAUCAAUUUAACAGAAUUCAAGGACCCAUUCUGAAUUCACAUCAGACUAGCCCUCGCCUCUGUUGUGUGUCUCCUAAUAAACAGCAAACACUCCAUAAGGAAUGAAUAAAAUUAAGACAGAAGAUCACAAAAAAGAUCACUAAUGGUCAUUUAUUAGUUCCAGUAGAACAGCUAAGCAGCUGUUUUCCAGAUAAUUUACGCAACGCUUCUUGAAAAGUUAGGCCUAUAUAACCUUUCAUUCUCCCCAGACACAUUCUAUGUUUACACAUAUGAAGCUUGCAAAGAGCAGGCCAGCUUGGUUAUAUCAAGGACAAGUAGGCACCACUCAUACAACUAGAGCACUGAGUAUCCUAUCUAGUUAACCUGCUUUGAAGGAUGCAGUAAAUUAAUCGUCAACAUUUUUGCCUGCUAAAUGCACAUUGGAAGAGAAUCAAAUGCCUUCAAAAUGUGUCCCAAUGUGAGUCAAGCUUGAUGCUACAGAGAAAUCUAGGUAGGCACUGAUUUCCAGGUCUCUAUAGAAGGGAUAUCCAGGCGAGCAGUUACCAAACAGUAGCAUGCUUGAUAACAAAAAAGCCAUACAUUUUAUAAAAUACUGCAGACUGACAACAGCGCUGUCUGUUUAAACUGCCAGUCUGUCCUAAAGAGCUUUUGGCUUAUAUUACAGUAUUUGAAUGAACUUCCUUCUUAUUUCCCAAAUGCCCUCCUGAAGACUGUAUCGGUUCAGUUUUAGAUGUGUAUACUUCAGAGAAAGCCUGGUAGAAUGACCGGAAGAGCCAAAUCACACUCAACAACAGCAAUGAAAUCUUGAAUAGAUGAAGAAUUUUUAUCUGAUGAAGACUCAGCUGACAAUAUCUUGAAGUUGACAAUUUGUAGCAUUUGAAUAGCAUUCUUCGAUCAUAUGCAUUUUAUAUUGUGUUAUAAUCCAAAAUGACUCCUUGUGUCGGUGUGUGUGUGUGGGGGGGGGGGGGUUCAAACCCAGUGGAGGUAAUAGUGCUUCCCUGUGACCGACAUGUCAAACUAAGGAAGUAAAAAGCAAUUACAAUGCAAGAUCCUGUCAAAUUCUUUAUCAGUGUGCAGGGGAAUUCUCAUAAACCACCCCUUUUCCAAAAGAUUUUAUCAAAAGAUUAAAAUAAAAACACAGAACAAUCUGAGUGUUACUUGGUGUUGUCCUGUUUAUUGAGCUUCCUUAUGAGCACUUUCCUCCAGUAGUUUUUAUGAUUGGUUUUUGCACCAUUAUUCCUACAACUCGUGUUUAUCCAGGUUACUAAGCAUUUUAAUUAAGCAUAUCCUUCCAGAGGAUUAACAUGUAGUAGAAUGCACAGAAAUGUGAGAAUCAAGAUGAUGGAACUGAUAAAAAGCUAUUUUUGGAAGGAAUAAAAUAUAUCUGGGCAGCAAUUUAUUAGAGGUCUAUGAAAGUAAUGCUGUUAGAUGACAUAAUGAGACAAAAUAUAAACGUAUAUCAAUAUUUAUUCAUCUAAAGUGUAAGAAUUAUAGAAAGUAUUAAGUACCUCACAGUGACCUGGGUUCUGUACAGCAAAAACAGCAAUAACGUGUUACUGUAAUAAUUUGAGAAGAACUUAAGAAAAUGACGUAAAAGACAAUGGUUUAACUACUCAAACUUUACACUUCUGAAGAAUGGGUGUGUUAAUGUAAGGGCUUAAUGCAGUCCUCUGCUACCUUUCACAUUAAAAUUUGGGUUACAGUACAACACCAAAAUUGGCAUUAAAAUAUAAAUCACUUCUUUAUGAAAGAUGUGCACAGUUCUUUAAAAGACAAGUAGGAAUGCAACAUUUAAAAAUUUAAUGACAAAAUUAAGAUCAAUCUUAGUAUAGUAUACAGUAAUAAUGUGAAAGCAGGCAGCAACCAUCUAAUUUUGUGCUGUAAAAACUUUGUUCCCAUAAAUGGAGAACAUGUUACCUUCUGCUUAUUUUAUUUUCCCUUCAUGUAGAUAUACACUGCACUUACAUGUACAUUUAAUGUGUCCUACAUUGAUGUACACUUUAUUGAACAUGUUCCUGUUUAAUUCUAGUUAGAUGUUAAAAUAUUCUCAGAAAACAAAACAGCAUGUUUUUGUUCCUUGGAAAUGGAAGUGACGGUGAUAUUCCAAGAUCACCACAAGGAUUGCCUGAAAAGAGAUGUCAGCUUUUACUUGAUCAUCGCUUAAAGAAGACACUGUUUACAGAGGACACCGUUUGCUUCUUUUGCUAUGAGAUAUAGAAAUGUAAAAUAAAGGAGUUUGGAGAAGAAAAUAAAGUUUUCUAUGAUGAAACCUCAAAGCAGAAUAUAAAAUGUUUGAAAUGGGCUGUAUCUUUGUCACCUGACUAUGUGACAAAUGAGAGAUGAAACUACAGUGUUAAGUGAAAUUUCUGUAGAACCAGAGCUUUCAAGAAUCAAGUCACUGUAAAACAGAAGUGACUAAAGUGAACCUCAUGGGUAGAAUUUAAUGCCAUGCUUAAAUAAACAUAUACCUAUGUAAUAUGUGGGGUCCAGGGCUUGGAUAUAGUAUGCAUUUGAACUCCUGCAGUUGUAGAGCUUAUCCAAUAUGUGGUAAAGCCAUAUACAAUAAUCCAGCUGAACAAGAAAAAUCAUAUCAACCCCCUGGAUCACAGUUAAGAUGUUUGCUUGAUGAGUUUCCAUUCCGUGGUAUAUAUGUUUUCCUUGUCUAAAAAGAUAUUGUAAGAAACAGUAAAUGCCUAGUAUAUGAUGAUGUUUUUCUCCAAAUUAAA